AUGAAGUUUAAAGAUAAAAGAAAAUGCGAUGAACGCUGUACACUGUCGAUAUUUGCGUGUGCUUGUGGUAUCAUUUCACUAUUACUUCACACAUAUACUUAUGUAUGGUGUGGUAUAAACAUUAAUAUUAAAAGUCUAAUUGAUCUUGAGUUAGAUGAAAGAAUUAGGACGUAUUUGAGUGAUGUGCUUGAGACGCAUAGGUUUAAAAGGGAUGCUAUGCUCAAACCAUCGCCAAUCCAAGAUGACAACACCGUAGCGCCGCAUGUCGAAUUCUUCAACCCCAAAAUGCGACCAGAGCUAGAGGAGAAGGACGCUGCUGAGAUGAAGAAAACGGGCGCAAAAGGCCCAGCUCCGGGUGGAGACACCUGGGUCUGGUUGACCAGCUACUCGAGAGUACCUUACAACGUCGUUCAAGGGUUUUGUAAAGCAACACAAGACUACUGUCCACCUGGAGUUCAGGGCCCAAAAGGUCCAAAUGGAGAACCAGGACCAAAAGGAGACCGUGGAGACCCAGGAUCAGCUGGAACUCCUGGUCGAGCCGGUGGCAGAGGUCCCGUCGGACCACCUGGACCGAAAGGAGAGCGUGGGUUCCCUGGCAACCCUGGCCUUGAUGGAAGAGAUGGUGUGCCCGGGGAGCCAGGUUUAGAUGGACUCUCAGGAAGAAAUGGGGCCGAUGGGGCAGCGGGAAAAGAUGGAAGGGAUGGUAUCCCUGGAAGAGAUGGUAGUCCGGGGAAGAAUGGAAAAGAUGGCAAAGAUGGCAAACCAGGAGCAACAGGACCCCAGGGUCCGAGGGGUAUAAAGGGGGAACGAGGACCCCAAGGCCCCAAAGGCAUGCGUGGGAACGAUGGACGCGAUGGCUCCCCUGGGAGACCAGGACUAUCUAUUUAUAACUAUACUAGGGAAAAUCAACUAUUUAUACCGCCAUCUUUUGCAUUGGAAAAUCCUCGCCUCAUAGUUCGGGAAGGUGACACCAUGAGGAUGGACUGCAACCCCAAAGGAUUUCCAGAACCAACAAUUGAAUGGCGCAGGGCUGAUGGUACACCUAUAAUCCAGGGUUCGUGGCGGGAUGCGUCAGUGAGUGGCCACGUACUGAACAUUCCUAAUGUCUCCCGAUGGCAUACGGGAAAGUAUGUGUGCCUGGCGAAUAAUGGUAUGCAGCCGUCAGCCAACCAGACCACGGAUGUUGAAAUACAUUUUAGCCCGUACAUUCGUGUCCCGAACAAUAUCCUCUACGUGUAUAAUAAAACAGCGAAGAUUGAAUGCGAGGUCCAAGCCUGGCCUGAACCAGUAUUCGCAUGGGAAUGUGAUGGAGUCACCAUGGAAGGGACGAGGUUUAACGCCGAGGUAUCCCCAACUGGGGACGCAUGGAGAUGGAUAAUGAGACUCGAGAUACCUAAUAUCAGAGAAAAUGAUCUACGACAGUACAGCUGUGUAGCCAAAAAUGAACUUAAUAAUCAAACUGUUAAGGGCCAUAUACGGUUGGCGUUCCCAGGACCAAACCAGCAAAGCCAAGUCCAGCAGCCAAUGGAAUACGGCUCUCGUCCCCCAACACUAACAUCGUACGAGGAGCUGUGCCAGGUCCAAAAGUGUCCCUCGUGCCCACAUUGUGAUCGAGCUGUGCUGAUGAUAUCUAGUAUGAAUGGAACUGCUGGAUAUAAGCCACGGCGGAAUACAAACUGUCAACUUUACGCGAUUGGUAAACCCGUGUAUCACCGUUAUAAAGAUGAAUUGUUUGGAGCCUGGUUAAGAGAUUCUAAUGCCACCGAAAGUCAGAAAGAGAAACUUUGGACGACUCAAGAGAAUGAUGUGGAAAGAUUGAGAGAGUAUCGCACUAAAGCGAGCUUCAAAAAAGACCAUGUUGACGAAUUUCAUAAAUUACAGAAACCAUUCUUUGGUAACGGGCACAUAGUAUACAGUGGAUCGUUCUUCUACCAGGCCAAUGAAUCUGGUCAUCCAGGGGACAUCAUCAGAUAUGACCUCACACAGAGUAGGAUAAAAUCCGUCCACCUGCCUUAUGCUGCAGGAAGGCUCUAUUCAUCACAGCACAAUCAGGUUGACUUUAGCGCAGACGACAAUGGUCUAUGGGCUAUUUAUUCAAUUGAAAAAUCAAACAAUUCGGCUGUAGCUAAGCUAAGCUUCGAUCCGAAUAAAGAUGACCUAAAUAUCGACUACUUAUGGAAUAUAUCAUUAAACCAUAAACAGGUUGGCGAAAUGUUCAUAGUAUGUGGAGUGUUGUAUGCUCUAGAUUCGGCGACGGAUAGAGAGAGCAAAGUGACAGUCGCGAUUGACUUGUACCAGAAUAAACCUGUGGAAGUCACUCUGCAGUUCACUAACCCGUUUCGGAAGACCACACAGCUUGGAUAUGAUCACACGCAUAAGGAGCUUUAUUCUUGGGAUCGUGGAAACCAAUUAACUUAUCCCGUAAGAUAUAACGAGCUGCCUGGACCGUAA